AUGGGAUCAAAAGUGAACGCAUAUUCAUUUAGCGUGGAAAAGACGAAAAUACCUUGGUACAAAUAUGUGACAGUGGAACCUGUGAUGUUUUUCUAUAUGCUGGCAUUUAUGAUUACUAAUGUGAUAGAGCAAACCUACUACGUGUUUAAGGCAUGCACUAUAAACCACGGAUACAGCGAGGAGAUAUGCCACAAUAUUAGCAGCUACAAGGAAAUUAAUAAUGAAGUACAGGUGACAGUUUCAACGUUUCAUCAGUGGAACGGCAUCGCGAGCCACAUAGUGCCUCUGUUGCUGGCGUUCUUUAUUGGCUCCUACAGCGACAAGCGUGGACGGAAAGCCAUUCUACUUGCCGGACUAUUGGGCAAACUUUAUUUCUCCAUUGUUAUUACCCUGAAUACUAUAAAAGCAUGGCCUGUGGAGUACGUAAUAUACACAGCGGCAUUCCCCAGUGCCUUAACCGGAGCAGAUUUAUCGAUAUUUGCAGGGUGUUUCGCUUACAUAUCCGACAUCUCCUCGCUAAAAAACAGGACACUGAGGGUGGGCAUUCUCGAUAUUGUUUACCUCAGUACUAUGCCCACUGGUGUAGCGAUCGGUAACCUCUUAUACACUAAAGUAGUCAACAAAUCCUUUACGAUAAUGUUCCUUAUCAACUCUUGCCUGAUGCUCAUCGCUACAGUUUACUGCAUUCUGUUUCUGAAAUGGCAGACGAGGCCCGAGCAGAAGUCUCUACGUGAAGCCAACUUGACGAAUCCAAUUUCGGACUUCUUUGACCUUAGCAACAUCAGUCAGACCCUAGUUACUUUAUCGAAGAAACGGCCCAAUAACAGGAGGAUUCUCCUUUGGUUUCUGCUCAUUUCUAUGGCUUUCUAUACAUUCCAAAGAGAUGAGAGACCAAUGAUGUAUCUUUACACAACAUACAUGUUCGAAUGGGACGCUACUGACUUCAGCAACUUCAGGACAUAUCUCAGUUCUGCGUACGUGAUAGUGAUGCUGUUCGGUAUACCUUUGUUCACCAAGGUCUUCAACUGGAGGGACACAGUGAUAAUAAUGCUUGGAGCUGGCGCGCAUAUCGCUGGUCAUUUGAUAUAUGCCCACGCGACGACGGGCAGCGUACUGUACGUCGGUGCGACUGCAGCAGCGGUGGGCCCAUGCGUGGCCCCACUUAUCCGCUCUAUGACCUCGAAAGUGCUGCCGCCAGCCGAAAGAGGAGUGGCGUUCGCGUUUCUAUCUGUGAUGGAGAAUGCUGUAGCUAUGUUUGCCUCGGUGAUCUACUCGCAAUUGUACAAGGCGACUUUGGAUACUGAAUAUAUCAACUCCAUCUUUUACCUCACCAUGUCAACGCAGGGCAUCGUUUUUCUGCUAGCCUUUACAACGGAAAUACUUUUGAAAGGGCAACGUCUCGAAACAAUCGUCGAGCAGGACGAAAGACGAAUCUCCAACGCGUCUUGA